CUUUAGUGACUCACUGACUGGAUUUACAUCAGUCUGCUGUUGUCUCUCUAAGAACUUACUUGUCACCCAGUUAGAAUGGAAGAGGAGGUGUGUUAUUCAACAGUCAUCUUUAAAUCAUUUGAAAAUGACAAAUCUAAAGAGCUACAGUCAGAUGACUCGAUUUAUGCCGAGGUAAAGAAAAAAGAAAUUACUUCAGAGAUUUCUCCAGAGUCUUCAGAGAAAGAAGUGUCCACGCCAAUCUCUCCAUCACAUAGACGAGCCACAUUGGUUCUCGGGUUGCUCUGUUUUCUUCUGCUCUCAGCCUUAACAGCGGUCAGCAUCCUCUAUUACAAUCAUGUGACUGCCUACAAAAAAAUUCUGACCCUGUACACUGAAGAGAUGACGGUCAACCAUAAAUUACUGGCACACAAUGAGCUUCUGGAGACAGAGAAAAGGGGGCUUAUAACAGAGGACGAAGAGCUUAACAGCACAUUGAGCUUCAUAUUAAAACAAAACACCCUUUCUGUAGAGCACUACUGUCAAUUCACUGGGAAUAGGGUCCAGUGUAAACCCUGUCCUAAAAACUGGAUACAAAAUGGCUCCAGCUGUUACUAUUUCCAUUUAGGGGGAGACUGGAAUACAUGGACAAACAGUCAAAAAAUCUGCAAGGGGUUUGGCGCUCAUCUGGCCAUAAUAGACAAUGUGGAGGAACAGGAAUUUAUCAAUCAGCACACUGAAUACUAUUAUGACGAAUAUCAUGGGUACUGGAUUGGACUCUCUGAAAAAUCUGAACAAGGAGGGACUUGGGUCUGGACCAGUGGAGCAAAGCUUGAGGGAGGAUUCUGGAUUUACAGACCCAUAUACAGAGAUGCAUGUGUUCUGUCAAUGGCCAGCACUAAUCCAAUCAAAAGCUGGCAGGCAGCGAGUUGUCACAUGUAUAACAGGUGGAUCUGCGAAUUGAAUGUUUUAAGAUGGCCAGAUAUCCUCAACUUUGAAUAAACCAACUCUCACAGAAACUGUUUUUGUGGAAAUUAGAUUUCCUGCUUCCAUUUUAAACAAUUAAUGAUCUAUUUUUAAGGCACACGUCUAGGAAUAAGUUGCAAAAGUUAUACAGUUGGACUUUAAUAAGGACACUAACAUCCAGAUCUGUUUGCACUGCUGGCCAACAUACAUCAGAGCUGCUCCAUCUUUACUACUAGUUAUUUUAUUAUGUACUUGUUUGAAUGCGUUUUAUUUUGUUUUUAUUCUGUACA